AGCGCCGCGAGGGCGGCGGGGAGCCCGGCCGGAGCCUGGGUUUCCGCGCUGCGAGCCGGGCGCACGGAGCGCCGCGGUGGGCAGGGGCGGCGGGCGCGGGGCGGGCGCGGGCCCGGCGCGGCCCCCGCCCCCGCAGCGCCCGGGCCGCCUCGCUCCCCGCCUUGGGCCCCGCACCCGCCGAGCCCGGCCCCGGGCGCCGAGAGGCGUGGCCGCCCGCAGGACUGGCGGCGGCCAUGGCCUCGGUGGUGGAGUACAAGGGGCUCAAGGCCGGCUACCACUGCGGCUACUGCGACUCCGAGGAGGGCAAGGCGUCCUGCGGCAUGUGGGCACAUUCUAUGACAGUACAGGAUUAUCAGGACCUUAUAGACCGAGGAUGGCGAAGAAGCGGGAAGUACGUGUAUAAACCUGUCAUGAAUCAGACAUGCUGUCCUCAGUAUACAAUAAGGUGCCGACCUUUACAGUUCCAGCCAUCAAAAUCUCACAAGAAAGUUUUGAAAAAAAUGUUGAAAUUUCUGGCUAAAGGGGAGAUUUCCAAAGGAAAUUGUGGGGAUGAGCCCAUGGAUUCCACAGUGGAGGAUGCUGUUGCAGGUGACUUUGCAUUAAUAAAUAAAUUGGAUAUAAAGUGUGAUCUUAAAACUCUCAGUGAUGACCUCAAAGAGAGCUUAGAGAAUGAUCAGAUGAAGAAAGAAAGAAACUCAAAGAAAGAAGAAUCAAAUGAAUUAAUUCAUUCACAAGCUAUAGAAGAGAAGUUGGGCUCUGGUGAACCAUCACAUUCAAUUAAAGUUCAUAGUCCUAAGCCAGGCAAAGGGGCUGAUUUGAGUAAGCCUCCAUGUCGUAAAGCAAAGGAAAUCCGGAAAGAAAGAAAAAGGUUAAAACUCAUGCGGCAAAACCCAGCUGGAGAACAUGAGGGUUUCCAGGCGCAAGGUCAGCCACCAUCUUUGUUCCCACCAAAGGCUAAAUCCAACCAGCCCAAAUCACUUGAAGAUUUAAUUUUUGAAUCUUUGCCUGAGAAUGCGUCACACAAAUUAGAGGUGAGGUUAGUACCUGUCUCCUUUGAGGACCCAGAGUUCAAGUCGUCCUUCAGCCAGUCCUUUUCUUUAUAUGUCAAGUAUCAAAUGGCCAUACACCAGGAUCCGCCUGAUGAAUGUGGAAAGACUGAGUUCACAAGAUUCCUUUGCAAUUCACCUUUGGAGGCAGAGAAUCCCCCUAAUGGACCAGAGUGUGGUUAUGGCUCCUUUCAUCAGCAGUACUGGCUCGAUGGAAAGAUCAUUGCUGUGGGGGUGAUAGACAUCCUUCCAUACUGUGUUUCAUCUGUGUAUUUGUACUAUGAUCCUGAUUAUUCAUUUCUGUCACUGGGCGUCUACUCUGCUUUACGAGAAAUUGCUUUUACUAGGCAACUUCAUGAGAAAACAUCUCAACUCUGCUAUUAUUAUAUGGGUUUCUACAUUCAUUCAUGUCCCAAGAUGAAAUAUAAGGGUCAGUACAGACCUUCUGAUUUGCUAUGUCCGGAGACAUAUGUUUGGGUACCCAUCGAGCAGUGCCUGCCUUCCCUGGAGAACUCCAAGUACUGCCGUUUCAACCAGGACCCCGAAGCAGUGGAUGAGGGUCGCAGCAAGGAGCCCGACCGAUUGCAGGUGUUCCACAAGAAAGCCAUCAUGCCUUACGGUGUCUAUAAGAAAAGCCAGAAGGACCCCGGUGAGGAGGCCACGGUGCUGCAGUAUGCAAGCCUGGUGGGCCAGGCCUGUUCCGAGAGGAUGCUGCUGUUCAGAAGCUGAAGAGUGUCCUGGGCUGCAGGAGAUGCUGCUGCCGUCCGGGAGCGGACUUCCAUCUUGUCUAUCUCACAGCUUUUCUAGAAUAUUUUGUGGCAAUGUAUUUGUGAGAAUCUCAUAGUUAAUAUAAAUAUUUUGAAAAUAAGUUAAGACCUAGCCUCAUAAUUGGGAUUUUUCAUUUUGUAAGUUUGUUUCUGGAGCAAAAUAUGCUCAGCUUCUGUAUUUAACAUUGUGGGAAGUGAUUCAGUCACAGUUGUGCUGUUUGUGUUCUGAUAGAGAAAUUCAAACUUCUCUUUCCUCGGAUCCAGUGGCGUUUAUGCCGGGGAGCCUUAAGUGUGGGACAAGGUAGAAAAUGUUUCGCCUCUGGAGAACAAAAUGUGCUGUCACUCAGUAUUUAGUGUGAAAUACUGCCAAAUUUCAUGUGUGUGGCCUAACAGUACCUGAAAAGGGAAAUGCAGACAUUUAAAAGAGAUCUCUUGUUCAGUUGACAUCAUUUGUCAGGAGGUCCUGUUCACUGUCAUCUUGGCAUAAUUUUUUCCCUAGAAUUAUUGUUAUUUUACUCUCAGAAGUAUUCCAGUUUGGACAAUAAAACAUGUAAUUACCUUAGUGAUAUAUUAUUUGCUUUAUUUCUAAAAAUCUAAGAAACAGAGUAUUUAAAGAAAAAAUUAACUCCUGCCUUGAUCUAAGCCUCAUCCAAAGGAAAUAGGCACUCAUUUUCCAGCCUUAGAACUCAGGACACUUGUCUUUGGUUAUGGAUGAAGACUGGUUAAUAUUGGACUACUUUUAUAGCUGUUCCACAAAUCACUUUAAAUCACUAGGAGUCACUCUGACCUCUGUGUUCCUUUUCUGGCCUUUUGAUUGAGAGCUGGAGAAUGGGUACUGCCCUUGGUACGUCAGAGCAGAGGGAAGCUCUCCUCUGCUCUUAUUCUGCUUGUUGAGCCCUCUGCUCAUUUAGAAGAUGCCUGCUGUAUAGGUGGUGGCACUGGGCUGGGCACAAGGAGUAGAAUGAAGUAGUCGCUUGGUACAGUCAGUCAUGUUGGAAACGGGAUGGACAGGGACGGCUCUUUUCCUGCUGGACUUUGUGUGUGUGUGUGCGUGUGUGUGUGUGUAUGUAUGUGUGUUUGGUGCUGGGGAUUGAACCCUGGGCCUUGUGCGUGUGAGGCAAGCACUCUACCCACUGAGCUACAUCCCCAGCCCUUCCUGAACUCUCUCAGCGGGUCCCCUCUCCUGCCAGUUGCUCCACCACCCAGCCCUUGUCAGUUCACAUUUUGCCCAUUUUUCUGUUCUCUAUUGACUGAUCUUUUUUAAAGCCAUGCUAUGGAACUUAGUAGCUUGACUCUCAUUACUGAUUUUAAAUUUUUCUCCCAAGACUUAAUUUCAACAAAACCUUAAACAGCAACCUUCAGCUAGAAUAAAAGGAUCAUAAAACAAGGGUUUUAAAAAUCAAAUGUCUACAAAUUCACUAUCCAUGUAAACUGUACCUAUUGUGUGUGUGUAUGUGUGUGAGAGAGAGAGAGAGAGAGAGAUCAACCUGCUGUGUUCUGGGUACCUUGCUAACUGGAGACGAAAGACUGAAAAGGCCAUUUUCUCUGAUCACAAAAAUUGGAUGUUCUUCUGAAAUUUUGACCUACAGAAUAGCUCCUAAGAGCAUUUAGAGACUGAGGUGGAACUGCAUUCAGAAUUAAUAGAACUUUUUCCCUCAAAAAUGAAGAUGGCUUCACUAUGUGGAUUUUUUAAAAAUAGAAAUAUGAUGCUCACUGUAAGCAAUUAAAUAGAAGAGUAAGAAAGUAAAAGUAAUCUAAAAUUCUCCCAUACCCAAAGAAAGAGGACUGCUGUACACCUACAUGCAUACCUAUUUGUAUAAAUAAAAUUAUGGUCUACAUGCAGUUUUGUUUCAAUGUAGUAAUUUAGGAAUAUGUCUGAAAUUUGAUAGAGAUUUCCAGAUCAGAUUGCACCCUGGUGUUCCAGGUUAGCUUCAGAGUGGCGUGGAGUGACAGUUCUGCCGGGUGCUGUUUCGACGAGUCCGAGUUUUGGGAGAGGGCCCAGGAGUCCUGGCGUCCUCAGGGGCCCAGGGUGUUGUAGCCUGUCUGUUGACCGUGGGCUGGGACAGGACAGUGGAGGAAAGUGACUGCCAGUGAAGAGCAGCCGAGAGGCCCGAUCUUAUGUCGAUGGCUUUCGUCUAAAGGAAGACACAGGCGAGCUUGCCAAGACGGUGGGCGUCCUUUACGCCAUGGUGUUCAGUCUCCUGAUUUCAGACUUCUCUCCUUGCCUUGGGAGCAAAGUUACAAUUUUGCUUCCCCAUGUCACUAUCGUUAUUUAAGAUAUUGCAGUUCUAUGAGAUUUUCAUUUUCUUAUUUUUGCUAAAAUGUAAUCUGAGCACUUUUUGUAUUCGAAAGGUAGAAACUAUUAUCAGAUGAAUAUAUUAUUCAUUUGAUUGAAUUUAGGUAAGAAAUGAUUGCUGUUUGUUUUCUAACAUCCUGUUUUUCAUCCAUUUUGCAAUUAAUAGUUUCAUUUGAUUUCUUAAUAUAAUCAGAGCCUAUUAUGUAAAAGAACUUUUCCAGAUUUCUAAACAAUAAAUGGUUUGAUUUUGUAGACAUUGUAUUAUUUCAAUAUGAAUAAAAGAGAAUAUAAACAGUUAACUAAAAUAUAUCUAUUGUUGCUAAGUUAAAGAAAGAAAUGAAGUGGAAACAGUUGGGAAAUGUUUGAAUUACAAGUUAUUCAAAUGAGUGUUCUUUUCCUACAGAAAACCAAUGACUGUAAGGCCAAACAAUUUUGAUUGCAUGUGAUAUUUUUGCUCAUGUAUAUGCUUUUUGAACAAUCCAUUUGGUAAAGGUUGAGUGGAAAAAAUAAAGCUGUUUCUAUCUGCA